AUGGAAAUGCUCGAAAAAAGCAAAAUAAAAGAAAAACCACAAAUUGUAGGCCUAACAGCUUCAAUGGGUGUAGGAGAUACAAGUUUGGAUAUUAAUGCUUGUUAUCAACAUAUGCUUAAUUUAUGUUCUAAUUUACAUUCGGAAACGAUUAGUACAGUUAGGCAUCAAUUGGAUAAUUUGAAGAGUCAUAUUAUGCCUCCGGUUGAUGUUGUAACACGUGUUAAACGCCCUGCAAAUGACCCAUUCCUCGAUUAUGUCGAACGCGUAAUGUAUAAAAUUGAAAAUGAAAUGAAGCCGCACUUGCCAAAAUUGGCAGAAAUGUGUAAAUUGAAAAAGGAAGAAAUUGAAUUUCCCCUUCAUUCAAACAAUUCUCGUUAUCAAACAGUUGUAGGUACUCUUAAAAAGUCUGCUCAAAGAGUUCAGGAUUCAGAAAUGAGAUUUUUGUUGGUUAGAUCGAUUGAUCAUUUGUCUCAUUACUUCCACUCAAUUUUAAUUAAUGAUUUAUUACCAAGUUCAUAUGCUUUUUAUUAUUUACAAGAAAAAAUGAGCGAUUAUAAGCAAAAUUCUGGUGGUUCCAGCCAUAUUGAUGUAAUUAAUCAAAGAUUACUUGGUUAUUAUCAAGAUUUACAAAGGAAAUUAAUCGAAUGUGUAAGAAACGAAAAACUUCAAAAUAAAGAAAUUCUUAAAAAAUUACAUGAAAUUCUUCAAAAACAAUUCAAAUCUGAUCCAAAUUCUCGUUGUUUAAUUUUUGUUGCUACAAGAAAUUGUGCUUCUAAACUUGCCGAUCAUCUUAAAAAAGUGCCGGAACUUCCAAUUUUUUAUAAUAAAGAGGUGAAAAUUUUUUUUAUAAUUUUUUAAACGUCAAAGACUUGUAAAAAAAUUUUCAAAAAAUUUUUUUGGACCCGGAAAAAUUUUUUAAAGAGUUUCUUUGGCCAUAGAAAUUUUCAAAAAAAUUUUGGAGCGAAUCAAAAGCCUCCAACCGAAUACAACCGUUGGGCGAGACCAUUGAAACUAAUAUUCAGGGACGGUCCCAACUAUUAAAUGGUUUCCGGUCCAAGAAACAAUAGAAACAAUUAAAAGUUCUCUUCGGGAAGGAAGGAUGUGGGUCAAAAUCCUUUACUUCCAUCCCCAACGGGAAACGGCAGCUUUUUAGAAUCGCC